AUGUGCGGCUCCCGAGAGCUCACGGCGCAGGAGCAGAGCAAGCGCCGCCGAGGCCCGGGGCCCCAGGCGGCGGCGGCGGCGGCGGCGGCCGGGAGGCAACAAAGAAAAGUAGUCCGAGAAGGAGCGGCGACGCGGGUCGUCGCCUCUCCUCGCCCAGGAAGGCCGAACCCCGUUAUGGCCACCCAGGUAAUGGGGCAGUCUUCCGGAGGAGGAGGUCUGUUCACCGGCAGUGGCACCAUGGGCAUGGCCUUGCCUAACGACAUGUAUGACUUGCCUGAUCUCUCCAGAGCUGAACUGGCUGCGCCUCAGCUCAUCAUGUUGGCAAAUGUGGCCUUAACUGGGGAAGUAAACGGCGGCUGCUGUGAUUACCUGGUUGGCGAAGAAAGACAGAUGGCAGAAUUGAUGCCUGUAGGGGAUAACAACUUUUCAGAUAGUGAUGGAGAAGGACUUGAGGAGUCUCCUGAGGUAAAAGGCGAGCCCAGUGGGCUGGAAAACAUGGAACUGGAGAGUUUGGAACUCAGUGUUGUCCAACCACGGCCCGUGUUUGAGGUGUCAGCUGCCUCAGAACCGUACAGCGCAAAUAAAGAUCUUCCUCGGGAAACACCUGUAGCAGAGGACAAAUGCAAGAACUUGAAGACCAAGCCCUUUCGCUGUAAACCAUGCCAGUAUGAAGCAGAAUCUGAAGAACAGUUUGUGCAUCACAUCCGAGUUCAUAGUGCCAAGAAAUUUUUUGUGGAGGAAAGUGCAGAGAAGCAAGCCAAAGCCAGGGAAUGCGGCUCUUCCACUGGGGAAGAGGGAGAUUUCUCCAAGGGCCCCAUUCGCUGUGACCGCUGUGGCUACAAUACCAAUCGCUAUGAUCACUAUACUGCUCACCUGAAACACCACACCCGAGCCGGGGACAAUGAGCGAGUCUACAAGUGCAUCAUUUGCACGUACACCACAGUAAGCGAAUAUCACUGGAGGAAACACUUGAGAAACCAUUUUCCAAGGAAAGUAUACACAUGUGGAAAAUGUAACUAUUUUUCAGACAGAAAAAACAAUUAUGUUCAGCAUGUUCGAACUCAUACAGGAGAACGUCCGUAUAAAUGUGAGCUUUGUCCUUAUUCAAGUUCUCAGAAAACUCAUCUAACCAGACAUAUGCGUACUCAUUCAGGUGAGAAGCCAUUUAAGUGUGACCAGUGCAGUUAUGUGGCCUCUAAUCAACAUGAAGUAACCCGUCACGCAAGACAGGUUCACAAUGGGCCUAAACCUCUUAACUGCCCACACUGUGACUACAAAACCGCAGAUAGAAGUAACUUCAAAAAACACGUGGAGCUACAUGUUAAUCCACGGCAGUUCAACUGCCCUGUAUGCGACUAUGCAGCUUCCAAGAAGUGUAAUCUGCAGUAUCAUUUCAAAUCUAAGCAUCCUACUUGUCCUAAUAAGACCAUGGAUGUCUCAAAAGUGAAACUAAAGAAAACCAAAAAGCGAGAGGCUGACUUGCCUGAUAACAAAAUCACCAAUGAGAAAACAGAAACAGAGCAGACAAAAAUGAAGGGGGAUGUGACUGGGAAGAAAAACGAGAGGUCUGGAAAAGUGGAGAAAAAAGAUAAUGUUUCAAAAGAGAAAAAGCCUUGUAGUAAUGCCUCAAACCAAGUGACUACCAGAACUCGCAAAUCGGCAAUGGAAGCUAAAGAAAUGGACGUGCACCCAGGAAAUAAUUCAGAAAAAAUCUGUAAAAGCAAGAAAAGCAAAAGGAAGACAGAAGCUGAAACCCAUUCCUUACAAGAACCUGUUAAUGAUGAGGAACCUGUGACAAAAAAGAAAAAGAAGGCAGAAAGCAAAUCCAGAAAUAGUCAGGAAGUGCCAAAGUGUGACAGCAAAGUAGAGGAGAAUAAAAAACAAAGUAUUUGCAUGAAAAACAGUGCAAAGAAGAAAACUCUGAGAAGUAAAUCAUGUAAAAAAAGCAGCAAGCCUGCUCAGAGGAGGCCCACUCAGAUAGAGCCCAUUGAAGUUGGCUUAGUGCCUGUUAAAGACAGGCAGCUUCUAAAGGAAAGUGCUGGUGCACAGGAUCUCUUACCACCAUCACCACCUCUGCCAAAGGAAAACUUAAAAGAGGAAGAGUCAGAAGACCAAAAUUUAGUCCCUGCAGGCGAAGGACAUAAAGAAGCCCCUCUUCAAAAAGUGGAAGCAGAAGAGGCAGAUAAGAGUCUAGCUGGUCUUGCUGCUGUUACCAAGGCAUCUGCCAAUAUUUCAUCCUCUGAACAAAACUUGAAUAUGCCAGAGGGUGAAACUUUAGAUGGUAAACAUCAGGCUGACGCUAUGCCUUGUGAAAUGAAGAUGGACACUGAUGAGAAGAAAACAGAGAAUCCCUCCGGCAGAGACUCGGCGGUUGAAGAACCAGCUUCACCACCACUUCUUCCUCUACCGCUAGAAAAAUGUGAAGCAGUGUCCACAGCUACUGUGGCAUCACCUCCUGUCACCGUGGCAGUAAAUGAGUCUCAGGAAAUGGAUGAAGACGAAGGCAUCCACAGUCAUGAUGGAAGUGACCUAAGUGACAACAUGUCAGAGGAUAGUGAUGAUUCUGGAUUGAAUGGGGCUCGGCCAGUUCCACAAGAGACUAGUAGAAAAAAUGGAAAGGAAGCCUUGGCAGUCAAAGUGGCCGAGGGAGAUUUUGUUUGUAUCUUCUGUGAUCGUUCUUUUAGAAAGGAAAAAGAUUACAGCAAACACCUCAAUCGCCAUUUGGUUAAUGUAUACUUCCUUGAAGAGGCAGCUCAAGGGCAGGAGUAAAUUUUGGGGAAGGCUUCAGUUCUUAGUUUGUAAGGUCUGUGACAUUUUGUAUUGAUUUGUAGUAAUAGACAACCUUUUGUUUUUAAAAUUGCUUUAAUUAGUAUCCAAUCUUGAUUUUUAAGUGGCAUUCUUUUCCUUAGGAAUCUGUGUACCUAUUGAUGUACACAUUUUAGCAAAUCCAAGGGAGUUAGUGUAAUAAACCAGCAGACAUCUAAAUCUGUUAGCUUUUGCUUUUAAUUGAACACAGAAGGCCAAGGUGGUAUUAGAGCCUUCUAUCGAUUGGUUCAGCUAUAACUUGUGAGUUUUUUCCUCAUGUCUAUCUGUCUUCCUGUUUCACGUUAGUUUAUUCUUAUUCCUUGUUUAGCUCUGUAAAAAUUAGCAUACUUAAAUAGCAAAUUACUUGAAGAAUUUGCCUGCUUUAUAUAAAGUUAGCACUUUAAAAUUGUUUUAGAGAUGAGAAAAGACAUUUAAAUUGAAGAGAAAUUCUCCCAACAAUGGACGUUAUAUUAGUCCAAGUAUUUACUUCCUGAGUUUUGAUCAGUAUAUGUGUUUUGUGUAUGUCAAUCGUCAUAAAAAGUGAUUUUGGUGGGUUUUUUUUUUUUUUUUUUGGUGCUUUAAUGCCUUAAGAUGUUGCACAUUGUUGUUUUUAACCUAUGCAGUUAAAUUUUUUCUAGAAAUAGCAUUUGUGUUGUAACACUUUAUAUAUGCAUGUUUAUUUUGACCUCUUUGGAGGGAUGCUUAAGUCUUGUUUGCAAAAGAGCAGUUUUCUUUUUCCCUGCUGCAAUUGUCUUUUUUGCAGAAUAUUAUUAGUGUGUUCAAAUUUGUGAGCAAAUGAAAGAUGCAGGUUCAGUCCAUUGAUUUUGAUUUUAACAUCUUAUAUCUAUGCCAGAAUCUGUAUUUCAUAUAAGUUAUUUAUUUUAAAUUGAUGUAGUGAAUCACAGCUCUCAGUUUGAACUUUACAAUAAAUAAACCACUAGGCUCUAUACUGAAUGGAUUUUUAUCUCAAGUGCCAACCGUAAGUAAACUUUUGGUCUGUUUUAGUAGAUUUACUUCCUAAAUGUAUGGUGUUAAAUCGUACCUUAGAGGAAAACCUCUUCUCAUAGAUGGUUGGUGUUUUUAUGGCUACUCCGCUGAAUAAAGAACUGUAAUUUUUAUUUGGAAGCUGCAAAUCUGGAAUUAGGAGGCAUAAUUACUCCUUCAAGUUAUACAGGAUAUCAGUUUGUGAGAUUCCAAAGCCAUAGCAAUUAUGUGGAAAACCUAGGAUGAGAAAGGUAGUAUGAGUGCUGGUAGACCAGCUGCUACUUCCUGUGAAUUCAAUGAAAAAGGCCUGGUGAAAGUUAAGUUCAGUCCAGAUUAAAAAAUCAUACUUUCUCAGGGAUGUCCUGGCUGUUCCCGGGACAGCCUUUUUCUACAGGUGAGGCCUCAAAUGAAUAGAAGCUAUUCUGGUGUUCCUACAGGACCACUUUGUAUGGAAAAGAGUAUGUACCCCGUAUUUGUUAGUAGGUUCUUUGGCCAGUCACCAAAGAAUAUGAAAGACUCUAACAUAGGUUUUUUUCCUUGCUGAUAAGUUAUUCAUUACAAUAAAAUAAAAUAUGAUCCCAGUAGGGAACUUUGAUUCUGAUCCUCCCAUGUUCUAUUCUGAAGUAACCACUUUAUAUUUCAUUUAUUUUCUUUUGUCUGGUGAUCUCUGAGGCAGGUUUCAGAGUUUGGCAAUGCAACAUGAAAAAUUAGGAAAAGUAUUAAAGUGUGGGUAGAAAACUUAUUAACCUGAGAGUGGAAUUUAAGGUAAAAGACAUUUGAACCUUGGAAUUGGCUGGGAGGCCAAAGAUUUAAAGAAGCAGAAGAUUUUCUCAAGACAUGAGUAAGUUGUUUGUUACUGGUGUGUGUUUUGUGUGCAUGAUGGGGAUUUGUAAAUGAUGUUGAAUUCUAGGUGAAUUCUCAGCUCUGACAAUCAUUGUCAAACAGAUCAGUCUGCAAAUAUUUAUGUUUUAAAACUUAAAUUAUAAAGCUAGUUAAACCUUUCUAACAACUAGAUUUAAUAUUCAUGGAUACAUGUUAUGUUAAAAAGUUAUCUUUUACAGUACAUAUGAAAAUAUUCGUGUUAAGUUCAAAUUGGAGAUUGGGAAUCAGUUUGGGGAAGAGGUUUUGUGGAUUCUUUGACUCUUCAAAAGAAAAAAAUAUGACUUCUGGGGAAUUAGACUAAUUUUCUUAUUUAGAUUUAAAACUAGAAUUCCAAAAACAAAAAUGUGAAGGAAAUUAAAACCCCUUAUUAUUAAAGUGAUCUGUGAAAACAUUGUUACUGGAAAUUGAAUGAACUUGAGGCCUUUCCUCCAGAAAACAAGGACUUGAUUGUCAGGCCUAUAUUAGGUUCUGAACCUUAAUGCCAUGUAUUUGUUCUUAUUAAAAAUUGUUUCAUUGAAAAGUAUAUUAGUAAUAUGAACUUCUGGUCUAGUUGGGAGUUCUUCCAUUUGAAAAAUGUGCUAUUUGCAUGAGACUGUUUGAAUCUUUUUGUUUUCUCAGUUUCCCCUCCACUGGAUAGGAUUGAAGCUAGACUUUACCUUUUGAUAACAGAAUAAAAAGUGAACAUCUUGUUUAUAAAUUGAUGUUUAGUAUUAGAGUGAAAGUUAAAAUACUUAGAAUACAUUAUAAGCCUAAAGCUAGGUAGCCUUGUAAAAAUAGAUCUCUUUUAACUACCUUCUGCACCUAUAUUCACAUUGCUUUUCAAGAUAUUACAUUUUUUUCCUCUUUUCAGAGCUGCUUCUUUGGGGCUCUUUUUUUUUAAAAAUUGAGGUGUAAUUCACAAAGGGCUACAUUUUUUUGAUAAGACUUCUUAUAACUAUUGUUAGAUGUUUUGCUCUAGUCUUCCAGGAAGGGCCAUUUUAUUUUUUAGAGUCACUUCUAAAGUCAUGUGGUCCUUAACUUUGGGGACUCUUGCAUCUGAGUGCUAAUUCAGAUUUAAGCCUAAGUAACCUCAUUGCCUCUCACCCCAUGAAUGUUGACAAUGGAUGAAAUACUUUGCUGUAGUUCUGGACUAAAAUGCUGGGGAAGAAACUUAAUUUUCUUUUUUGCAGAAAUCAGGAAAACAGCUACUGUGCAGUUUCCUUUUGACCUCAGCAGAUGAACUGGACUGAUAGUGUUAAUUCAGUUUUAAGAAAUUAUCUGAAUCUUGAUUUGAGUUGAUUUGGGAUCUACAUGCAAUAUUAACUAGAUCGGAUAACUUUUAUAUUUUCACACGUAUACAUAGGCUCUCCUCACCCUCAUCAACAUCCUUUAGUUAUUGAACUUUAUGAACUGGCAUUGAAACAUUACAACAAUGUUUUGUUGCACCAGUUUUGUAAAGUUUUACAGUGCAAUACCUGUUACUUUUCAGAGACAAACCAAAGGUUAAUUUCUCAAGGAUCUUGCGUUUGCGUUAGCAGCAUUUGAUGGAGUAUCUUUUUUAUAUAUAUAUACAUUUGUAAUAGAUGAAAAA